AUGCAGGGUUCAUCUGAAGGCUCUGACUCUGAACUGGAUGCUACAACACCUAAGAAGGCCAGACUAGAGGGACAUGGGGAUAAACUGGAUCCAUCAGAGCCAGUCACCACAAUAUCUGAACUCGAACCAGAAGGAAAUAUCGGGAAAUCUUCAAGGACAAGAAGGGGGCGAGGCAGAGGAAGAGGAAAGGGAAGGGGCAGGGGCAGAGGUAGAGGAAAGGCUAGGGGAACUGAGGCCAGUUCUAGUCACCAGGCUGUACUUCAAGAGAGCACUUUGGCUAGUAGUAGUACCGGCCGUCGUGGACGCCGAAGAGGCCAACGCAUUCAAAGCAGACACAGUGAGACUGAUGAGGACCAGGCGGGUCCUUCAGCACCUUUAACAGCGACCACCACACCAACCACCACAAUAACAACAUCCGUUCGACGUAAGGGAACCAGGAAAACAAAAAGUGCAGGUGGAAGGAAUAUAGGCCCACAAAAUCUACGGAGUAUCGAAUCGGAUGCAGACCGAAUCAACAACUUACGGGAAAAACGGAAACAGAAAAUGCAGGAUGACAUUUCGAAAAUGACCAGGCAGGAGAUAGAGAACCUACUCUUCAAAGCAAUAGAGCGAAGGCCAGGGAUGGUCUUCGACGUUAUGUACGCGUCCGGAGGUGAUGGCUCUGCACCAAGUGGUUCACCUCCGAGUCCAUGUGGCGAACCUGGACUUCAUUGGUGCCGAUGUGGAAACUGCCGCGACAUGCCAACAGAUGCUGAAAAGCUUUGCUGUGGCAAAUCCCCCGAGGAAUGCGUCAGAGAACAUGCGGUAUUCCAAAUGAUAACAGAUGAAGUGUGCUUGCUUCUACAAAGGGCUAUAUGGGUUGAUGCCUACAACCUUGAGGGUGAAUCACAGGAGCCAGGAGAAGACAACAAGUGUAUGAGACAUGCCGCAUAUCGAAGCUUUAUUUUCUGGCAACAUGGUAAAUUAGGCCAGAGCAACAGAAGGGUAAUUCCCAGUUGCUGUGUAUUAGGAAUUCGUCGCAUGUACCCAAGCAUAAAUGGACACUACACUGGUUAUAUUCCUGGAAGUUUCGUUUAAUCAUGUCAUGCCUUCCACAUACCAGAAAACAAGGCUAUUAUCACGAACAAGAGAAUUGACACUUUUCAUACUCAGUUGUACCUGUAUUUUUCAUAUGUUGCCUUUUAUAAAAAAAAGAUGUUCCUCACUGUAGGAUUCCCUUGACAGAAGACCAAAACAAUUAUUGGAUUCAUCAUUUUUCAAUCUCCCUGCUUUUAAAUUUCUAUCCCACCCCCAUCCUCUCUCUCUCUCUCUCAAACAAAAUCAAAUUUUUAGUGAUUUUAUGACUGAAAGAAAUGAAACAUGACAACUCUGAUGGUUUUUUUUCCUGAGAAAUCUUCAUGGGUUUAAUGUUGUUUUCUUCUUAUAUCAGUGUACAUUUUUCACUGUUUCAUCUAUUUACAAUCAACAUUGAAUAACAGUUACAUGUACUUCCCAAAAUAAUGAAGAUCAAAACAGAUGCCAGGUGCCAUAUCAAACUUAGCAUCUGGUCUAAAUAAAUAAGGCAUAACAACUACGGCAUAACACUGUAUGCAAUUGUAUUAUGGGAAACCAAGAAGAAGGUACAUGCAAUGGUUCUAGUUUUCUGAGCACAGGGGAAGAAUAUUUGCUAUAUACAUUGUACCAUUUGGAAUUGUUUGUAUUCCAAUCCCAUUGUAACUCAUUCUCCCAACCUCCACUAGAGUGUAUCAAUGUAUAUACUUUAACGUUUUAAUUGCAAGUGUCGAUUACUAGCAGAAACAAUGAAUUGAGAAAUAAUAGGAUCAUACUUCACUUAUAACAGUUGCACACAAAUAUUACAGUAUGACCUCCAGUAUAACAAAUAUUUAUUGUGUUAACAAUGGGAUUACAAAUUGAUGAACCAUUGAUGAGCAUGCCAUACAAAAGCAAAAACAAUUAUCAAUGCAUUAUCUUGUGGUACUCUUGUAGUAAAGGACAUUAAUAUUUCGAGCAGUUAAAUGUGAUGAAUGUUGCUUUCGAAACAGUAGUAAGAAAAAUAUCAAAUGUAUUUACAUAUGUACAUGUAUGAAGGCAACUGCACUUUAAAAUAAAUGUGUUCAGUGGGAAUGACGUGUCAAAUGGAAUAUUUAUUUUAGAGAUUACAUGGGGUCCUCAUCACCCCCCCCCAAAAAAAAAAAAAAAAAAAAAAAAGAGUAAAUUGGAAUCCAUGGCCAAUCCCUCAUGAUGUAAAUCACUGCAUGCUCAUGCAAAAACUGGUAACAUGACGUUUGCUCUGAUGGAACAUCAACACAUCAUGCCCCCAAAAAUAUUAUGCAACCUCCAAAAUUAAAUAAAUCUAGGUCCCCUUCAUUACAUUAUUCUGAACAAUAAAAGGCUAAUACAAUCAUGACUUUAAUCCCAUACCCUCUUUAAUAGAUAUUAAGACGGGAUCAAAUGUUGCAGGAACAAAUGUUGUUUAACUCCUGAACUAGUUGGUUGGAUACUAUGUUGCCUUCAACAAGAAUAUACAAUUUACAUGACCACAAAAGAAAAUGAAACAUGAUAAAUGAUGAAAAAAAAAUCAUUAUUCACAUGUAUAUCACUCUUGUUUUGCUUAGAUUUGUUCUUUUCCAUACAAGUACACACAAUAAUUCAUAUCCACUUUGAAACAAGUAAAUAAAUUUAAUGUUUACAUUUUGUUUGACCUAAAAACUGACAUAGACUAUUUUGGAAAUCUAUACUUAGAUUAAUUUGGUUCAGAAAAAUCAUACCAGUAUGAACUGAUUUGAUGUCUGAGACAUGGCUGUUUCAUUUGACUUGCAUUGCAUGUACUGCACCAGCCAAACCAUGCCCCAGAGCACAGUUGUGUUACGGUCCCCUUUAGUUUCUUGAUACAAGCACCCUUCCCAUAGCAGUCCAUAUAUCUAUACCAUAACAUGACAGAACCUGAAUGACUACCAAAUAUUUGUAUGUGUGAAUGAUAGAUUAUAAUGAAAAACAAGUAUUACUUGCGUUUCUCAAAUAUGUGUUAAUAAUUCUCAAAUUUUUGCUUCCAUUGGUGUAUAACGCAUCACUGCCUUGGAAUGCAUGGCACUGCAUAUUCACUACUGGAAUUACAUGUUGAAUAUGCAUACGUUGAAAGUCAACCUGAGUUUCGCCCACAGUUACAGCACUAACAUCCCAUGUCUUCAAUUUUUUUUCAUAAGAUAAACUUGGGUAAUUGCUGCAAGAAAUGAUUUCUGCGCAAGUCUUUAACAUUACAGUUAGUAUUCACCACA